GAUUUUGGAAAAGAAGAAGAUGUGGCCCAAACCUCCCCACAUGAUCAGACGGUUGCACUGAAGAUUCCAGUUCUAACGUUAUAUCGCCAUCCUCUCGUCCGAAUCCGAUAAAAAGCGCGAUGUCAACGCAGUUCAAGAGCGGUCCCGCUUUCGGACUGUCCGCGGAAAUCAAGAGUAAGCUGGCCCACAAAUAUGACCCAAAUAAGGAGGAGGAGCUAAGAUUGUGGAUCAGCGAGGUCACAGGCCGCAAACUUCCCGAGAACUUCAUGGAGGGGCUGAAAGACGGAGUGAUCCUCUGCGAGCUUAUCAACACUCUUCAGCCCGGUUCUGUUAAAAAGAUCAACAACUCUCCUCAAAACUGGCAUCAGCUGGAAAAUAUUGGUAAUUUCGUCCGAGCCAUUCAAGAAUAUGGAAUGAGGCCAGAUGAUAUAUUUGAGGCCAACGACCUGUUUGAGAACGUCAACCACACUCAGGUCCAGUGCACGCUUAUUACACUGGCUGGGAUGGCUAAAUCUAAAGGCUUCUAUUCGAAAUACGAUGUUGGAGUGAAAUACGCAGAGAAGCAACAACGCAAAUUUGCUCCUGGGAAACUAAGGGAGGGACGCAACGUUAUUGGUCUGCAGAUGGGCACCAAUAAGUUUGCCAGUCAAAAGGGCAUGACGUCUUAUGGCACACGGCGUCACCUCUAUGACCCCAAGAAUGGUAUGGAGAAUCCUCUGGACCAAUCAACAAUCAGCCUGCAGAUGGGCACCAACAAAGGAGCUAGUCAGGCCGGCAUGACGGCCCCCGGCACCAAGCGGCAGAUCUUCGAUAAGAAGCUGGAUAUGGAGAUGUGCGACACCUCUAUCGUCUCGCUGCAGAUGGGCACCAAUAAAAUGGCGUCCCAGACCGGCAUGACGGUGUACGGUCUGCCCCGUCAGGUGUACGACAGCAAGUACUGCUCCAGCCCUGAUGACUUCAUCAACAACGGCCAGGACUCAGAGAUGGAUGGGUAUCAGGAUUCUGACUAGGAUGAACAGACAGCUGCCAGCACGCUGCUUUUUAGACAUUCACCUGCACUUUUUUGAUAUUCCAAAUUGAUGUUGACCAGUAGGACCAGCUUGAACUGUUUCCUGACAUCACAGCCACCGAUCAAAGCUGAGAACCUCAGUGACUGACCGCACGUAGCAAACAAACUCAGAAAGAAUUCAUUUCCUUUUCUUUUCUUUAUAAACAGGCUUUUCCUGCUUCUCACUUUGUAGCUUUAAUAUUAUACAUUUUUCAGUUUUAUUUUAUUGUUAUUUUGAAUGUGCAAUUCUCCCAUCUCCUGCCCUGCGAAAUUUUCUCACAUGAACAAAAAAUAAUGCAGAUGAUAAAUAUGGAUGAAUUAUUAAUGAUACACUACUGGUCAGAAGUUUAGAAUAAUUUGGAUUUCUUAAUGUUUAUUAAAAGCAGUCUCUUUUGCUCAACAAGGCUGCAUUUAUUUGAUUAAAAAUGCAGUAAAACAAAGAAAUAUUAUUUAAUUUAAAAUAACUAUUUUCAAUUUGAAUAUAGUGUAAAAUGAAAUGUAUUCUUGAGAUGCGCAGCUGAAUUUUCAGCGUCAUUCCUCCAGUCUUCAAGUGUCACUUAAACCUUCAGAAAUCAGUUUAAUAUGUGGAUUUGCUGCUCCAUUAUUAUCAGUUAUUGGUGCUCAGUUGUUAAUAAUUGUUCAUAUUUUUACCAUGUUUUUGCUGCUUAAUAUUUUUGUGGAAACUGUGAUAGUUAUUUGAAAUAGAAAUCUUUUGUACAUUAUAAAUGUCUUUACUGUCGCCUUUGAUCUGUUCAAUGGAUCCUUUCUGAAAACAAAGUUUUAUUUCUUUAAAACAGCAAAAACAUUGUUUCUUGAGCAGCAGAUCAGAAUAUCAGAAUGAUUCCUGAAGAUCAUGUGACACUGAAGACUGGAGUAAUGAUGUUGAAAAUUCUGCUUUUCACAUUUUUAAAUAUACUCAAGUGAAAAAACAAUUAUUUUAAAUGAUAAUAUUUCACAAAAUUGCUGUUUUCCUAUAUUUCCGGUCAAAUGAAUGCAUUCAAAAAAUGUUAAAUGAUAUCUUAAUUAUUCCAAACUUCUGCCCCAUCGUGUAAUUGGAGUGGAUUUGGUCUGCAUAUUUUAAUAGGUUCCAUGAUGGGGUUUUUUUUUUUAUUGGAUGAAGAGGAAAUCCAACCAAAGACGCCCCACUACUGCCAAUGUCCUGAAGAUACUCAGAUGAACUUAACCAAACUACUGCAUCUUUGAGAUUGUCUUGUUUUUUUUUUUUUUAGGUUUUGUCACUCAACUAUAAGCUUCACAAAGUUUAAUAAUGUCCAGUUUGCAUAAUUGUUUGAAAAGGUGUUGACCCUGCUCCAACACACCUGCUUGUAGUUCUCAAGCAAUUCCACCGGUGAUGAUUAGCUGCUUCAGAUCUGUUAAAC